AUGCUGGUCGACUCGUACACCGUGCGUCCAGCGGAUAUGUACAUCCACCUCGCGGCCGACGAAACCGUGCGUCACGUGACUCUGAGCUCUUUGAAAGAGCCAAAACUACGGUACGCGAGGCGGUUUAUCACACAGAGAAGUCACGGGCUUCAUCCCAGUGCCGAGUACUUCAAGGAGGAGCGAUUCGAGACACCGGAGGGCGACUACUGCAACGUCCGCUUCGAUCGGACCGCUCUGUGUGGCGUCACUGGAGGAGUGCGCACCGUGUUCGACGCCGUAAAACACGCUGUUUUCGACGCCGAGAUCGUUCUGUCCGAGGCCUCGGGCAACAUUACCAUCCGCGAAGACGACUUCAUGGACGACCUGGACAACUUCUCCCAGAUGAGACUCGUCGCGCAGACGGCAUGCGGGGUCCCUGUCGAGAACAACCUCGUCCACUUCUCCGAGCUGGUGGACGACAGCUGCGCGCUGGCUAUGGCCGACUUCGUCGACGAGGACGAACGCUUCCCCUAUCGCCCAAUGGAGCGCAUUCGCCGGGAUGCCACGGCCAUCGCAUUGAUCACGUCGCACAAGGAACCAGCCGAGUCAGCCGAGCCCGUCGUCGUCUUGACGCGCUGGACGUUCACUCGCAUCCACGCCACCGAGCUCAACGUCCCCACUCAAACGCUCCGAGCCAUGCGGGAUGUGUCCAUCUCAGACGUCAUCCGCAACUGCGUCAAGGAGACACUGGAGGUCAAUCUCCCCCAAUAG